UAGUAUAGAGCAGCGAUACUCAACCUUUUUUGUCCCUGGGCCACAUAGUAGCUAUUGCCACAGCUUGCGGGCCACAAUCUAGUUGAAGUAAUAUACAGGAUGGUGCAAAUGAAAGGAAUAAAUUCGUUAUUUUGUAAACCGGCGACUUUAAGGAAAAAUCCUGAAAUAGGAAUUUUCGGUUAUUUAAACUACUUGACCCCCAAGAAGAGGGAAGAAAUUUUAGAAUUAUUGGUAAAUGGUAUCAAACGAAUGGAAUACCGGGGAUAUGACUCAGCUGGUGUAGCUGUCGACUCCCCCGAAACCAAGGAUAUCUUCAUAAUUAAAAAAACCGGCAAGGUCGCUCUGCUCGCCGAAGAAAUAAAAAAUAAAAGUGAUGUCUUAGACAUGCAAAAGUCGAUGGACAUCCAUUGCGGUAUUGCUCACACCCGUUGGGCCACUCAUGGUGUCCCCAGUGAGGUAAACAGCCAUCCACAAAGAUCAGAUGUCGAAAAUGGGUUCGUAGUCGUCCACAAUGGUAUCAUCACGAACUACAAAGAAGUCAAGGUUUUCCUUGAGAAGAAAGGACACAAAUUCGAGAGUGACACUGAUACCGAGAUAAUCGCAAAAUUGAUUUAUCAUUUUUACAAGCUGCAUCCUACUUAUUCGUUUAGAGAACUCGUGGAGAACGUUGUGCAGCAGUUGGAAGGCGCUUUCGCUCUUUGUUUCAAAUCAAAGUUCUUUCCCGGAGAAUGCGUGGCUACAAGAAGAGGUUCUCCUCUUCUAGUUGGCAUCAAAACCGCCACUCGUUUAGCCACCGACCAUGUACCUAUUUUAUACGGAAAAGAAGAUCCAUCGUCACCAACUCAGAAAGAGGCGGAUUCCAAUCCAGAAUUCAGGCCUCAUGGACGAGGAGAAUACCCUACGUUACCAAGAACAGGGUCAACAUCCGAAUUCGAACCUCUUGAAGACAAACAAGUCGAAUAUUUCUUUGCUUCAGAUGCUUCCGCAAUUAUUGAGCAUACCAACAGGGUGAUUUAUUUUGAAGAUGACGAUGUGGCAGCUGUUAAAAACGGUUCCCUUAGCAUCCACAGAAUCCGAAGAGCGGGAGAUGAUCCACAAAAACGAGAAAUUACCACUUUAAAGAUGGAGUUGCAACAGAUAAUGAAAGGAAAUUAUGAUUUCUUCAUGCAGAAAGAAAUUUUUGAACAACCCGAAUCUGUCAUCAACACUAUGAGAGGACGUGUAAACUUUGAAAACGGGACUGUAACUCUGGGUGGAAUAAAAGACUACAUUCCAGAAGUAAAAAGAUGUAGAAGACUAAUGUUGAUCGGUUGCGGAACCAGUUACCACAGUGCCAUCGCCACAAGGCAGUUGCUGGAAGAAUUGACUGAAUUACCCGUCAUGGUGGAAUUGGCGAGUGACUUUUUAGAUCGUACCACACCUGUGUUCAGAGAUGACGUUUGCUUCUUUAUUUCACAAUCUGGGGAAACGGCAGAUACACUCAUGGCCUUGAGAUACUGUAAACAAAGAGGUGCCUUAAUUGUCGGUAUUACCAACACUGUCGGUAGUUCCAUUUGCAGAGAAUCACACUGCGGUGUCCACAUUAAUGCAGGACCCGAAAUCGGUGUGGCUUCCACUAAAGCAUACACAAGUCAGUUUAUUUCAUUGGUUAUGUUCGCACUAGUCAUGAGCGAAGAUAGAUUAUCUCUUAGACAAAGAAGAGAAGAGAUAAUCGAUGGCUUAAGAAAUUUGCAGAGUCAAAUCCGUGAAGUACUUAAAUUGGACGACAAAGUGAAAAGACUCGCUGAAGACUUGUACAAAAAGAAAUCUCUGCUUAUUAUGGGUCGUGGAUUUAACUUCGCUACUUGUCUGGAGGGAGCUUUGAAAGUAAAAGAAUUAACUUACAUGCACAGUGAGGGUAUUAUGGCCGGCGAAUUGAAGCAUGGACCUCUGGCUCUUGUCGAUGAAACCAUGCCCGUAAUGAUGAUCAUGAUGAGAGAUCAUGUUUAUACUAAAUGCAUGAAUGCUCUGCAACAGGUUACUGCUCGCGAGGGUAAACCAAUUUUAAUCUGCCAAGAAGGAGACAAGGAAACAAUGGCCUUCAGCCAAAAAUACCUCGAAAUUCCGAAAACAGUGGACUGCCUCCAAGGAAUCCUCACCGUUAUUCCAAUGCAACUUCUUUCUUUCCACAUCGCCGUACUUAAAGGAUGCAACGUAGACUGCCCCCGAAAUUUAGCCAAGAGUGUUACUGUUGAAUAGUGCUUUUAUAUUAUUUUUAAGAUCAAAUCAUAUAGUUCUGAUGGGACCAGAAUUAAAAGUAUUGUACAUUUAGGUUCGGCAUUUUUUACUAGUGAUGUUGAUUAUAGUUACUUUCGAGUAUUCGUUACAAAUCGUUACUUUUGUAUAAAGUAAUCAUUUAUAGUAUUCGUUACUUUCAUUACUAUGAUUACUUUUGUUACUUUUGUAUUGAGUACCGGUAAUCAUAUCGAAAAUCGUAUUUCGCAGUAGGUAGGUAUUUUGUAUAAAGUAAUCAUUUACAGUAUUCGUUACUUUGAUUACUAUGAUUACUUUUGUAUUUGAGUACCGGUAAUCAUAUCGAGAAUCGUAUUUCUCAGUAGGUAGAUAUUUUGUAUAAGUAUUCGAUAUAACAACGACCUUCACAGAUCUGUUUAAGGGAUAAAAAUGAUUUGAUUAAUAUGAUUACUUUUGUUACUUUUUUAUUUGAGUACCAACAAUCAUAUCGAGAAUCGUAUUUCUCAGUAGGUAGGUAUUUUGUAUAGGUAUUCCGAUGUAACAAAGACCUUCACCAACCUGUUUAAGAGAUAAAAAUGAUUUGAUUACUAUGAUUACUUUUGUAUUUGAGUACCGGUAAUCAUAUCGAGAAUCGUAUUUCUCAGUAGGUAGGUAUUUUGUAUAGGUAUACCGAUAUAAUAACGACCUUCAUGAAGUAUGAAGUAAUCAGAGUAAUCAAAGUAACGAUUUUCCUCUCUGUAUAGUAAUCAUUACUUUAGGUAUUCGUAAGUAACGAGUACUUUGUAAGGAAUAGUUACUUUUUCAACAUCACUAUUUUUUACCUUUUUACAAAAAUUUAGGCGUCAAACGCAAAUGUUGAUUUUUUGUGUGUAAAUGCAGCGUUUUGUAGUUGAAAUUUUGUACUGAUGGCCAAAAGAAAACGCAACCACCUAAAAGGACAAAUUUUUUUUAAUAUUCAUGUACGGAAGUAUACAUUAUAAUAUUCUUAUUAUUUGAUAACAUUAUAAACAAAUUUGCAACGUCAUUUUCAAUGAGUGGCUUUUCCUUGAUUUUCUAUUCGCGGUGUGCAAGUACUUGGAGGGGAUGCGAGAAACGAUCGUGCGUGAAUAGCGGAGAAAUAUUGCAACUUUCUUAAAUAAUUCAUAUUGUCAAUUGAAAAUGUCAAAUUGACGUAUAUUUCAUACCUACUGUCUAAAUUGAAGAAGAAAAAUUAUAUGUUGCUCCACAAUAUUGAUAUGAUAUGUAAUUAUUAUAUAAAGGUAAAUUUAAUUAAUUGUAUUUUGCUUGCAGUAGGUACUACAUUUUAAUAACUAAUUUUAUUUACUAUAUACAAUUGUUUACGUUUUAAUAACAUAACCUCAUCUUACUUUUUCUUCAUAUAAUUUUUUUUGGGCUACGGCCUGACAAUUGUCCAGCAACCAGGACUAAUAUAAUUGGCCAAUAUAAUUAAAAGUGCAAAAAAAGUUGCAGACGAAUGCAGACGUAUGAAACCAGGUGUCGCUUUUCCGAACUUGCACGGUCCCAAUACAGUCAGUUACUGUAUUGGGCAUUGGUCGAAUUAAGCGGUCUAUUAUAUCAUAUUGCGAAAUACUAAUCUAUAUUCUUAAUAUGGCCUGCCACAGGUCUUCUAAGUUUGUUGGCUGACGUGGCAGUCGAUUUAGGUUUAGACCUACCAUAUCAUAUCCCACACAUGUUCGAAGGGUGGUCACUCCAGUCUCUGUACCAGAUUCUUGUAUGAACUCCAUGAUUUCACGAGCAAUAUGAGAUUUUGCGUUAUCCUGUCGAAAAAUCGCCUUUGGAAUGUAAAACCGGUUGCAGUACUUACCAAUAUCUCAUCGAGCUGUCAGAGUGCCGUUAGUAGGAACUAGAGGUGAUCUGCUUCCAAACAUAUAGCACCCCAUACCAUGUUUGGUUGUUUUGCUGUAUGUCGUUUAACAGCCAAGUCUAUAUUUCGUUUCUCACCUCUAAAACGUCUUAACCUUAUGCGCCCAUCAGAGCCACCCAAACGACACCAGAUCAAUCACUGAAGCAGACAAGAUUCCAUUGACCAUUCCAGUUUUGCCGAGCUCUGCACCAUUCUAAACGCCGACCCUUAUGCUAUGGUGUCAAAGGUAACACCAAAAGCUGAUGGUAAGCUCUCGGCCCCAUUCCAAGUGGUCUUUGAUUAAAUUUUCUUCAAUAUCUCAUCGAGCUGUCAGAGUGCCGUUAGUAGGAACUAGAGGUGAUCUGCUUCCAAACAUAUAGCACCCCAUACCAUGUUUGGUUGUUUUGCUGUAUAUUGUUUAACAGCCAAGUCUAUAUUUCGUUUCUCACCUCUAAAACGUCUUAACCUUAUGCGCCCAUCAGAGCCACCCAAACGACACUAGAUCAAUCACUGAAGCAGACAAGAUUCCAUUGACCAUUCCAGUUUUGCCGAGCUCUGUACCAUUCUAAGCGCCGAAUAUUAUGCUGUGAUGUCUGUGCAGGACGACGCUUCACCAAUGGUAAAAGGACCUGGUGAAUAUCUCUUGUCCUUCACACAAGAGGGGAACCAGCUUCUAUAGUGGUUGAUAUAAUAAUUAAACUCUGAUAUUCUUUGUCGAGUCGAAGCAAGGUGUAAAUCGGUGUUGAAAUGAUUCAAAAACGUGUGGGAUAAUUAUUUGAUUUAAUACAAUCACUAUUAUUUACAAGUUCUAUCCAAUAUAAUUAUUAUUGGGUUUACUACAACAAAAAACAUACAACAUACAUACAUUUGCUAUGUACUUAGAAUUGAUAGUAAAGUAAACCGCGAUUUAAGAGCCGAGUAUGUGAUUAAUAAAGAGUGAGAGAAUUAAUUCGCGUGAAAAACCGAGUAAUGAUAAUGAGAAAAUGCGAGCCGUGAAGUGAGAAGUCAUCAUUCGAAAGAAAUUCUGAGUAGAGUUAUAAACACGAGCGUCUAGUCAUCAGGAUGGCUCACAAGUUACUGGGGGGAGACUAAAAACCGACCGAAGCAUAAGGAUUCCUUUUUCCUUCGGGUUCAAAAAGCAAAAAGAAGGGGAACUCAUUUAUCAAAGUCCUAUGCGUGUCUAAUUUACGUUUCAGAAAGAAACAGAAGCUUUAAUUUUGUCCGACAGGGACAAAGCUCCUUAUUGAUUUUAGGAAACAUAAAUCUGAACAGCGAGACAGUUUAAAUCACACAUGGUUGAGUUAAAGAUAUAGAAAUUGUUCUUAAUUUCGACCGAAACCCUGGGAAACAGGAUGUAUCUUAAAAUCGAGUGUUUUCAUAGUGCAAACAAGGGUGCUUGUAUCGCCGACUAAACGGGAAGCCACCCUCGAGAAGCAGUGUUUUCUCGGAAUUAGUUAAUUAGGAAGCUACAAAGGGCAGAUAUGUUCGUUUUCAAAUAAUCAAGGAUUCGACGAAUUUGAUUAAGAUUCUUAUAUAAGUAGAAAUGAUAAUUAGCUUUAUGUUAGAAAAUCUAACAGUGUCAAAGGUAACACCAAAAGCUGACGGUAAGCUCUCGGCCCCAUUCCAAGUGGUCUUUGAUUAAAUUUUCUUCUUGAGACUAACCUUCCUGUAGCUUUAACUAAAUCAUCUCUUACUUGAUGUACACUGUCCCAUCUAUUUCUGAAAGCACGGCUUUGCUAUAUUCUAGAAUGUCCAGACCCUCCAUGACGCCGAUAAGUCUCGUUAUUGGAUCACCUCCUCCAAACUCUUAACAUCGUUGAUGGAUUAGCUUAAACUUUUUGUUAAAUUUCCCGUAAACCAAAACCUGCAUCUUUCAUGCCUACAAUUCGUCCAUUUUCGAAGUCGUUUAAAUGACGAAAUUGCCAAAAACCGCGGACUUAAGGCUGUAUGACACUAUGCAUUUUCUUGUAUCAUUUCUAAUAUCGUUUCUGAUAUGUCAAAAAAAUGUAUAGUGUCAUACACAGAUACAAGAAACGAUAUCAGAAACGAUACAAGAAUUUGUGUCAGGCACAGAUUCUUGUACAAGAACUGCGCCAAUUUCUGCCCAAAGAGCAAAAACGUAAAACCUGCUGGUAAAACUUCUAAUGUCAUAAUGGCGGCUGAAAAUGAGAUCAUAUGAUUUAUGUCUUGAUGAAUUUAUUUGUGUUUUGUAGGUAUUAUUUAUAAAUCUUUUAUUGAUACUUAAUAUACCGUUUGGUAUGGACUACUGUUCUACUAAUAACCAUAUAUUUAGCUCCUAAUAAAGUUUAAACUAUGUAUAACCAAGUAUAAUAACUUUGGGUUUCAUAUUGCAUAAUUUUUUAAUAGAGGAAAAUACAAUAGUUCCAAUUUGGAUCAAACUGAAGAUAAUUAUAAUGCAGAUAUUUUAGCACAAAUAUCAAAACAAAAUAAAAAACACAAAUAAUCAACAGUCAACGUAAAAAUUCUAGUUAUUAUAACAUUAAAAUAUUUGUUUUUAAAAGUUUAUAAAUUUUAUAAAAUCCUUAAAAUCAGCUGUAGACGCAGUACUACCAUACCAAUGUAACGUGACAGGGUGACAAACAAAGUUUCGACCAAUCACGUGCCGAAUUUCAUACAGUUUUCGAUACAAGAACUUGCAUAGUGUCACACAGGGCACAAAUGUACGUACAAUAAAUGAUACAAGAAAAUGUAUACAAGAAACGAUAUCAGAAACGAUAUUAGAAAUGAUACAAGAAAAUGCAUAGUUUUAUACAGCCUUUAGGCAUUUCAAUUUUUUUGGAUAAAUCAAAAACAAAAAAUUUAAGUAAAAUCCUUUAUAAAAAGCUAUAUGUUUUAUUAAAAUUCCCUAAAAAGUGCUACAUCACAUAUUAUGCAGAACGUUUUUGUUUAAUUACAUAUCAUCAUCAGUGCUGAACAGGAUGCUCACAUGCUAAGCCACCAAAAUUGAAAAUAUUUGGGUAAAAACCCUUUACAGUUAUAGUCAUGGAAACAUUGAAUAAAAUUAUUAUAAGUAACAUGAAUGUUGUAAAUAUUACGCGAGUAAUAUUACAUGAUUGCAAAUGACUAAAAAUUGCAAAUAAACUAAAAUUAAAUACACAGAAAUAAUCUUUUUUGUUUUCACGAAAAACAAAAAGAAAAAAAAUAAUCAGUUAAAGAAAAGAUAGCGAAGUAAAAACUUUAUCACAUAUAUAUUUUUAGAUAAGACUUACAAAGAAAUACUUUUGAUCCAAAUAAAUAACUUUAUACAAAGUGUUGCAUUUUUUUGGCCAUCAGUAUAUUUACAAUCGUUCCAAAUAAUUAGAAAACCAUGUUAAUAACAGUUACCCCAACUAAUCUAAAAAGUAUAUUGUAAAUUUAGAUUUAAACAAUACAUUUUUAUAAUAGGCCUGCAACCCGCGUACAAAAAAAAGUUGAUUAGUACCAAGCUGAAAAUUUGUUAAUAGCUUAACGGUGUCUAGUCGGACAAGUUUGAUGUAUGGGAACACUUGAACAGGGGAAGUUUUCAGACUACGAAAACGUCCUGUGUAUUUUGUCAGACAGAACUUCCAAUUGAUAUGUUACCCUUUCAUUAAACUCUCAUGCAAAAAUUAGACUGGUAUUUAUCACCAACCGGGCAUUUUAAUAAGUCCGACACGUAGAACAUGUCAAAUGACAGCAAUUAUGACAGGUGAUAAAUAGCGGUCUGAUUUUUGCAUGAGAGUUUAAUGAAAGCGUAACAAAUCAAUUGGUAGUUCUGUCCGACAAAAUAAAUGGGACGUUUUCGUAGUCUGACGUUCCAAAUUUCUAACCCGUUCCACAAUUAAAACUUCCAGUGUUCCCAUACAUCAAAGUUUGUCCGACUAGACACCGUUAAGCUAUUAACAAAUUUUCAGCUUGCUAUUAAUCAACAUUUUUUUGGUACGCGGGAUCCAGGUCUAUAAUAAUAGUUCCCAAAAUGAGAUUAGUUAUAAAUGUUGGAUGUUAUAUUUGUAAAGAUUAGAUCGGCAUAAACUUACAGCAACUGUGUUAAACGUUUUUUCAAUUAUCUUUAUACAAUCUGUUUUCCGUUCGACAAAUUCAUUUUAAGUAUGUGACGGAAAAUCACUUUUAAAAUUUAUUUUAUUCAUAUUCAUAUUCAUCAAUAUUUAUUCAUUAAUUUACACUUUUAAAAUUUAUUUUAAUUUAUUGAUGUUCAAUUUGCUACUGUUUAAAUUUUUUAUUAAUACAUAAUAGUGUAAUUAAUACAACUGUUUUAUAUUCCCAUAACCAAUUAUUUUUUGUUCACUAAACUUUAAAAUAUUGGAAUUUUUCAUAUACAGUAAGCGCAACACUACUAGAUACAUGGGUAGGUACCUAAUUGAUAUGCUUAUGGGCUAAUCCGAUCCGUUCUCAGAUGUGACUUUCAUCCUUGUCAUGUUACUGUCAAGAAACUAUUCAAAAUUGUUUUUGCAUACAAGAAAUACAUUAAUGAAUAGUAUUGUUACUCUGCUUUAAAAUAACUCUAUUUAAACACCAAGAAUAUUACAAUACUUUAAAACUUUUACAAUUUUAACAAAAUGGCAACUUUAAACGUCAAAUACAGCUGAUCUAUUGUUUGUUAAUAUUCAGUUGCUAUACAUUUUUUGACGUUCUAAACGUCACUAGCCAUAAAAAUAACAUUGCAACAAGUGAAAGGUUCAGGACUGUAAUAGCUCAAUGUUCCUAUGUAUCUAGUAGGGUGGCGGUUACUGUAUUUGCUGCCAAUAUAGUAUAAUUGGUAGUUAACAUUGGCCUACUAAGGGUUAAAUGUGAUUAAAUUUAUGUUGAUAUAUUAUCACAGUACUUAGAUUCUUCUCUUUCAUAUACCGUACCGAAAUUUUUAUUGUCUGGUAUUGUAACGUUCAAGUCGUGGUACGACUAUGGUUGUUAAGCAAUAUCAUGCUCCUGAGGGGAAUGAGGCAAGGAAUUCUUUGGAAGGAUGUUCAACAGAAAUGCUCCAGGUUGGGCGCCACUUUGUAAGACAGUCGUAGUAUGACCAGGGUACUAAAAAGUAUAUAAGAUCGGAAACAAUUACACCGAUGUUAGUCUAGUGGCUCAAGAAGGAAAUUUAGUGGUUAAUAUCAUAAUAUGGAGCCAAAGUAACAGGCAGAUGUAACGAUCAAUCGGUCGAUUGAAACGUUAUAGUGUAUCCAUGAAGCACAAAAAUUGCGUCAAGCUCUAAAUUCUGUGUAUAAACUAAAGAAUGUUUGCUUAUUUUUCUACUUUCCAUUAUUAAUUUAUUACUUAGUGCUUUAGACGCUAACGAUCAUAUCAAAAAUACCACGGACAUUUGCCCUAUCAUCAGCAGGAAUCAAUUAUAGGGAAAAGAAUAAUAAUAAUCAUAAUAUCUUAUGGCAUUUUUGCCGGGGAGAUCCUUUCGGAUUGUUCCGGCGCCAUUUACAUCUUUAACCCUGUUUGAAGUAACUGGUAUCGAUGUACACUAGCCCAGGGGGACCGACGGCUUAACGUGCUCUCCGAGGCACGGAGGGAAAGGAAUAUUAAGGAUCAAUGUUCUCACCGAUAUAUUGUGCAAUAAUGAUGACUUACUGGUAAUAAUUCCUUUAAUAGUUAGAUCGCAAAUAUAUAGAGUAAAACUAAAGAUAAUAUUCUAUUCUACGUCUUUGUACUGGUUUGAUUUAAUGGAACCUCAACUGAAUCAAUAUUAUCAUCAAUAUAUUUCACAAUACAUAGUUAAUGUUAAUUAAUAUAUAGCACAAUAAUUGAUGUGCAAUAAUACUGGCUUGUAUAAAUCAUGUUGCAAUGUUUCGCAUUAUGCUUAUUGAUAAUUUCUUGUGAAAUCUGGUAAAUAUUUCAUCCAGUGUGGACAUUAGCGCAGUUUUAUAUUUUCAGUUGCAAAGUGGACAUUAACCGUGAGAUAAAAAGAAAACAAGAGAGAAAACUUAUUUCGGAAUGCGUUUGGAGACAUUUCAGUUAAUUUAUUGUGAAAUGAAAAAGGGGUUGGUUAUGUAAAAACUUAGGGCUAACCAGACACAACAAUUUUAGUUGUUUUUAUGGUUAUGAUAAUAACUAAUUUAACGAGAAUAAUAUUUUUUAACGUUCGACAUACUCAAACAAUCAUCAUUUAGUAUCUAGAUUAAUAUUGUUGAUUAAACUAUUACCCGUAUACGCGCCAAUGGAGCAUAUAAAAUUCUUAAUUGCCUGUCAAAAAAUGCACGAUAACUAUCUCUUAAAACCUAUCAAAUUUCAUUUGCACAUCUCGACAGGUUUUAGAGCAAUAAAUAAAUCGCCAGUUUGUAAGAAAAAAUUCAACAUCCCGUAUCUCGGAAACGAAGCAUGUGUGGACCUAUGUCUAUAAAGCAAACGUCAAAUGGUAGUUGUCAGUCUUUUUCACAGAAAACCGUUAAAAUAGAUAUUAAAUGACGAAAACUUUAUUUAUUUUGGGAAAAUCGUAGUAAACUGCAUCAUCUAGCUAGGACACUUAAUUGUUUCAGAUGAUUUUAAGAUGAUUCAAAUCUUUUUUACGGUAGAAAUGUUGAUUAAAAUACACUGCGUUUAGUUUUCAAUUAGAUAUACGCACUUAGAAUGGCAACACUGCCGGCUUCCCACAUUCAAUAAGGUAUGUAAUAUUAUUAUAAUUUAUAGACAUGUCUUUAUAAACAUUAAGAGAGUAGACGGCAUCAAGUCAUAGAGUCUCAAUUUCAUCUUCAAAAUAGAGGUGACUAUUUCUUUAGUUUUUUAAUAUUCUUUUAAAAAUCCUUACUUGUUAAUUGCUUUAAAUAUUCAUUUAUUAAAUUAAUAGGAUUAUUUUGAACUAACUAUCUAUUCAGUCAUUACAAUAAUUUAUAUACUAUGCAAUAAAAACUAAUAAUCGAGAAAAGAGAAAAAUUGAUGAAGUGAUUUUAAUAACAUACUGUUAUUGAUAAUAUUUGAACAUCUUUAACAGUUAACAUACAAUUUUAAAUGUUUGGUAAUAAAUGUUGUAAGGAAUUUGAGAAGCCGCUUUAUAGAUAACCACUUGCCGGUAAUUUAACAAUCGUAUUAUGUUACCUACUCAUUGUAAAUUAGUAAUUUCAGAACUUAAAGUAAAGCAAUGUUGCCUUUUUCUAGCGCUUCCUUCAAUGUGGUCUAUCUAAUUAAAAAGUAAACGCUCUGUAUAUAAACCGUAUAUAAACCUACAGGCUACUUAUAUAAUAAACUCUGCUUAUACAUUAUAAGAAUUAUAAAGGAAAUAUGGUACUUAUUUACGCAAAUUGUUAUAUUUUUUAUUAUGUGUUGUUAUUUAUUAUCUUCUAUAAAAAAAUGUGUUUGUAAAUUGCGGGUAUAUUUGAUACUCAUGACUUUAAUAAAAUAUUCUAUUCUUA